AUGUUUUCUUUCUUUACCCUUUUCUUUCAUUCUUUAAAUUUACAUGCUGUUUUCUUUUUCCUCUUUCUUAUCUCAUAUAAUUUCUUUCUUUCUUUCUUUCUUUCUUUCUUUCACUUUUCAUCCUGCUAUCUUUCUCCUACUCUUUCUUACCUUCAUAUGAUUUUGAUUUUUUACCCUUUCUUUCUUUCUUUCUUUCUUUCUUUCUUUCUUUCUUUCUUUCUUUUUCCUGCUCUCUCUUCAUACAAUUUCUGUCUUUUACCUUUCUUUCUCUAUCUUUUUUGCCACAAUAGCAGCAACAAAGAUUCUAAAAAUAUAAAAAAUUUCGUCGACCAAGAGUUGUUUCCCUUGAGUAAGAAUCAUCACACGAAAAAAUCAUUUCAUUUUGUCAAGAUUGCAGCAAUGGGCCUUCCAGAAGCAGAUUAUUUUUUUCUGUCCAAUUCUGCUGACAGAAUAUUCUUGUGCAUCUUUGGGAUAAUUGUUUCACUUUAUGCACUUUAUAUAGAAGUCAGGAAAGAACAUGAUCCGUCCUAUAAAGCAGCCUGUGACAUUGGAGAAAACAUUAGUUGCUCCAAGGUACUAACCUCUAAAUAUGGACGUGGAUUUGGCUUUGUUAGCCUCUUACUUGGCAAAGAACAUUUCAUGAAUGUACGAAAUUGCAAUCUUGGAAUUUUAUUUUACAGCUUGCAAAUUAUUGUUGGAAUGUUACCUGGUUCAUUACCAGUGCUUCUGCUUCUUCUGGCAUCAGGUGUUUCUGUUAUUGGUUCUUUGUACCUGGCUUUUAUUCUUUUUGUUGUUCUCAAAGACCUUUGUCUUGUGUGUGUCACGACAUAUGUCAUCAAUGGUGCACUUAUGUAUAUAAAUUUUGCUGCCUAUACAACAACAUAA